GCCCGAAGACGACUACUACCGCCGCGAGCCACCACCGCUCUUUCUCGGCGAACUACAAUCCCAGAACACCGACCUGCAACGCGAACUGGGCAACCUCAAGAAGGAGCUGGAGCUCACCAACCAGAAGCUCGGCUCCAGCAUGCACAGUAUAAAGACCUUCUGGAGCCCCGAGCUCAAAAAGGAGCGCGCGCUGCGUAAGGAGGAAAGCGCCAAGUUCAGCCUCAUCAACGACCAACUCAAGAUGCUCAACCAGGAAAAUCAGAAACAAGCAAUGCUUGUGAGACAAUUGGAAGAAGAACUCCGGUUGCGCUUACGACAGCCCGCUCCUGAGCUUCAACAACAACUAGAAUCAAUUUACGCCGAAAACGAACACCUACAAAGAGAAAUAGCCAUAUUGAGAGACACCAUUAAGGAACUAGAACUGAGGAUUGAAACACAGAAGCAAACCUUACAAGCCAGAGAUGAAAGCAUCAAAAAAUUACUUGAAAUGCUUCAAAACAAGGGGAUGGGGAAAGAAGAAGAAAGACAAAUGUUCCAACAAAUGCAGGCGAUGGCACAGAAACAGCUGGACGAGUUCCGCCUGGAGAUCCAGAGACGAGACCAGGAGAUCCUCGCGAUGGCUGCUAAAAUGAAGGCCUUAGAGGAACAGCACCAGGAUUACCAGCGCCAUAUUGCCGUGCUGAAAGAAUCGCUGUGUGCCAAAGAGGAACAUUACAGCAUGUUGCAAACAGAUGUUGAAGAACUAAAAGCCCGUCUGGAUGAAAAAAGCCGAAUGGUGGAGAAGAAAACGGCUGCGGCAUUGGCCGCAGCCCAUGAACUAGCAGAGCUGCGUGACCACAGCGAAAUCAAAGAUCGGAAGAUCAACGUCCUGCAGAGAAAGAUCGAAAAUCUCGAAGACCUACUUAAAGAAAAAGAUAAUCAAGUCGAUAUGGCAAGAGCUAGACUUAAUGCAAUGCAAGCUCACCAUUGCUCUUCCGAGGGUGCCCUUUCAUCUCUCGAAGAGGUAAUAGGGGACAAAGAGAAACAAAUCCAACAGCUCAGGGAACAAAGAGAUAGGGCGGAACACGAAAAGAACGAAGAAAGAGAGCUCCAUGAAAGAGAAAUAGCUGACUACAAGAUGAAACUACAUGCUCUAGAGAGUGAAGUCGAGAAACUAGGAGCAAGACUUGAACGAGCUCAGGCCGAGAAGGAUAGACUCGAAGCCAAACUUGAGAGCUCCCAAUCUGAGCUUGGAAAAUCUAAGGCAGAACUUGAUAAAGCAGCUAGCGAAGUUGGGCGUUCUGGAGCCGACUGGGAAGCAGCUAAACAACGCUUGGCAAGACUCGAGCUAGAAAACGAACGUCUUAAGCAUGAGCUUGAAAGAUCUCAGACUACGUUCGGUAGGAGCACAUUGACAACAUCUCAAGAGCUUGAUAGGGUACAAGAGAAGGCUGAUAAGUCCGCAGCUGAGUUGAGAAGAACCCAAGCUGAGUUGCGAGUUACUCAAGCGGAUGCUGAAAGAGCCAGAUCUGAGGCUAGUUCUUUGCAGGAUAAAUUGGAGAAGUCUCAAGGUGAAGUUUAUCGUCUCAAAGCUAAACUUGAAAAUGCACAAACUGAGCAGGACAGUCUGAAGGAAGAGUACGAUAGAAUACAAUCCUCAAUCAGUCGUCUGCACUCCGAACGCGAUAAAGCAGUGGCCGAACUUGACAAAGCUCGUGAAGAACUUGAACGAACUCAAGCAACACUUGGCAAGGCUCAACUGCAGCAAGAUAAACUUCAAGCGUCACUGGAUUCUGCUCACUCUGAGAUCGAUAAGCUGCAAGAGAAACUUGAUAAAGCUGCUGCUGAAAACAGAAAGCUACAAGUUGACCGCGAGAAGCAGGCGUACGACUUUGAGUCGCUUCAGUCACAGCUGGACAAAGCACUGGGCCAGGCGGCGAGACUGCAGAAGGAGCGUGAUACAGCACAGCUGGAUGCUGACCGGUUCAGAGAUAAACACGAGAAGGCUCAGGUUAUAAUCACUCGAAUCCAAAAGGAGCGCGACGCGGCACUCGCAGAUGCAGCGAGUAGCCGGGAACGCGCCGAGGCUGCUGCGGCAGCCGCCAACCGCGCCGCUAGAGAACGCGACAGUGCCGCCACUGAACUCGAUGUGCUCAGAGAAAGAUGGGAGAAGGCCCAUCAGCAACAUCAGAAACUUACGCUGGAACGAGACGAUGCCCUGACUGAAGUCGAAAUACUCAAGGAAAAGCUUGAUAAAGCUUUGUACUCCACACAAAAGACAAUCGAGGAGAAGGAAACUGCGCACAAAGAAUACGAAAAAAUGCUUGAAAAGUAUGAUAGGUCUCAGAACGAAAUCUACAGGCUGCAGAACAAGAUAGAAAUAUUAGAAGCGGACAAAGAUCGUCUUGAAUUGGAGCUAGAAAAACACGCGCAUUUAUCGACAAAAGCUAGAGAUGAUCAAAGAAAGCUACAAGACGAACUGGCUAGAUUACAGGAAAUGUAUGACAGAGCAUCGCUGCAACUCGGUAGGACCAAGGAACAGGAAGAAAAAGCUAAAGAAGAUAUGGAUAGAUUGCAUGUAGACAUUGAAAUGGUUCGUGACAGAUACGAGAAGAGCCAGAUUGAACUGAGGCGGCUGCAGGCUGAGAAGGAGAAACUAGUAGCAGACAACGAACGUCUGCAAUUCGAAUAUGAUCGAGCGAUGACGCAGUGUGGCAAAGCACAAGCUUCGAACGAAAAGACUCAGGAAGAAAUGGCAAGAGUGCAAAUUGAACUAGAGAAAAUGUAUGAUAAGCAUGACAAAGUAUCUGCAGAACUAAGAAGGGUCCAAGCAGAGUUGGACAAAGUUAAGCAAGAUGCUAGUGGGGCUAGAGAAGAAGCCGAAAGAUACGCGGCACGCUACGGAAAGUAUCACGACACUAAGGAAGAACACGAGAGAACAAAGAUGGAAGUGGAACGACUGCGCGCGCGGCUAGAGAAGACCACGCUUGAGCUGGAACGAGCACGCAAGGCUGAAGAAGAAGUCACACGGCUACGUUCGGAGCUCGAACGCGUCGAAAACCUCCGAGGUAAAUACCAAUUCGAACAGGACAAAUGGACUACUGAACUAAACCGAAUGCAGGCAGAAAUAGACAAACACCGCGAACGUUAUGAAGCUUCGCAAGUCGAAAUACAGCGUUUGCAAGUUGAGAAGGAACAGGCCGAGACAAAACUUCACGAACUGAACAUACAAUUAGAAUUAUCCAAGACUGAAGUUACGAAACUCAGUACAACGUUGGAGAAACAACGGACAGAUCUCGAACGCGCUCAUAUUGAGUGCGAAAAGUUCCGAGACCGAUGCGAGAAGCUUAAGUUGCGUUCGGAUCAGCUGGACAAGGAUAACGAAAGACUUAAAGGAGAACUGCAACAAAUUGAAAGAAUGAAAUUACAAGCGGUCGCCGGAGACAAAGCUAGGACUGAAGAUCGACUUGAAAUUGAACGGCUUCGAGAUAAGUUAGAGAAGGCUAUCCAAGCGAGAGACUCCACUGAAAUGGAGGCAGGUCGCUUAGCCAAAGAACUUGAGAAAUCACAGAUGCAUCUGGCUAAGUACCAGGAGACAAAUGAGACGACAAGAGUCGAAUAUGACAGGAUGACCAAUGAAUUAGGCCGUAUGCAUGAGCGUCUUGAACGAACUAUUCUUGAAAUGAGACAGAUUGAACAAGAACGAGACGCACUGAGAGCUGAAAUCCAAAAUACGAGACGUAACAUAGAACAACAACAGAGAACGUUGGACCACCGAACACAAGAGACGUUAGUAAAACUGCAGCAAGAAUUAGCUCAAUCUGUACGCGAUCGAGAGAAAAUGGCAUCUAUCUUGGAACAAAGAGACAAGCAAGCAGAUGCCAUAGAAAAACAAAUAGUAAAGUUGGAAGCAGACACAAAACAGUUAACAAUCGAACGCGACCAAUUAGUGGCUCAAUUAGAGAAAUCUCAAGAUAUGCUUGUGAACUUCCAGCGAGAACUGAACGCUUCAGAAGCAGAGUUGCAAAAGCAGCGUGAGGAAGUUCGUAGGUUGAAAGAAGAACAAAGAAAGAUGGCACAAGACUCGGAAAGAGGCACAAAAUCCGUCCUCGAGACUCGUGAUAGAGAAAUUGCAAAGCUGCAACAACAGCUCCAGGGAGUUUCUAAAGAACGUGACGCUAUUAGACAAAGAGCAGAACAGGCCGAAAAGAACGCACAAAAGGCCGGUGAAGUUGAAAAAUGGAGAGCAGCUGUGGAGCAAGAAAAGGCCAAGGCUAUUGCGGCAGAGAAAGCGCUAUCAGAAUGCCAACAGCGCAUGCAGUCUUUGGAAAAACAAUUCCAGAUGCAACAUCAGCAGUUGCAACAGCUUCAAGCACGUGGACCGUCCGACGUGCGCGAGGUUCAAAAGCAGCUUGAAGCGGCUAAUGCGGAGGCCAAGUCGCUCGCUGUCGAGAGGGAGCGAUGCCAGUCACAGCUCGAGAUGCUCGUCCAAGAGCUGGAGAAGAGCCAGCUCGAUCUUCACGAGGCGAACAAGAAACUCCAAGCAGCCGGUGCUCAGAACGCCAAAGCUGGCGAGGAUACAGCCCAAGCUAAAAAACAUUUGCAAGAAGAGUUCAAGAAGUUGGAAGAUGCGAGACGGCAAUUCGAGGAACAGAGAAAGGCUUUUGAGGCGAGAAGAAAGGAUGUGGAAGAAAAGGAGAAGUCGCUAACGGAAUUGGAUCGACAGUUAAAGAAGAGGAAAGAGCAAAUGGACCAAAUGGAAGCAUCUUUGAGGAAGGCGGGCGGAACAACGGCAGCAGUAACAGACUUGAACAAGAAACUGACCGACACACAACGCGAGGCUGAACAAGCUAGACAACAGCUAGAGUCGGCCAAGGAAGAGGCAAAGAGGCUCACCACGGAAACGGAGAGGCUACUGCAACUGGUACAGAUGUCGCAAGAAGAACAAGCGCAAAAGGAGAAACAAAUCAUGGAGCUUCAACAAUCCGUGAGGAACCUUCAAGCCAAACUGAAGAGUCAGCAGCAAGCACAAGCACAAAGAGAAGAGGCCGGACCCGCUGGCUUCCUCAAAAGCUUUUUCUAAGUUAGUCCUUCGCACCAAGACUGUCCUUCAUUUAUUUGCUUCCUUCAUUUACUUUUCUUUACCCGUCGACUUCAUUCCGUUAGCGACGACUCUCUCUCCACAUCUCAAUAAAUUAUCAACACGUAAGCUUUACAAACGCAAUUUCGUCAUAAGUAAUGUUACUAUUUGUAUCGUGUAUAAUGAAGUGUUCAGAUAAUAAUAAAUCUUGUUGAGAUUGUUCUCAAGCCAUGUAAAGGAUCUCAACAUACGUUGAGCCACUGUAAUCAGCACACAGCUAAUAGUCUAGAUUUCUAAGUGAUGUUUAAAAAUUAAAAUUAUCGUGUUCAGUGGGAAUUAUUUUGUAAGUAUUGAUAAAAAUCAAUAUUGUAAAACUGUUAAGUAAUCAUGUAUCGAUAGAUAGAUCGAGUAAGAUGUCCACUAGUCGAUGUUACCAAGCUUCAAUCUUGUUAUGCGAAAUAUCAAUUAACUUUAAAUAAUAAUAAAAAAGGAAACCUAUGUUGACCUUUCUCGAUUUAUUUUUGAGUUUAUAUUGUUGAAAAUUUUGUUGUUGAAAGUAAACGUUCUAUUACUUUUUAUUGAUUUCAUUCUUUUUCGUUUUCAUUUUCAUCUUUUGACCCCUGUUGUAUAGGAGUUAACGCGAGCAAGGCAGAUCGAGAUAGAUGCAAUCAAAGAUUUGUCUGACGUCAUAAGAGAAAGAGACGAUGUCAAGUCCAAAUUUGAAGAAAGCAAAAUUAAAAUAAUUGACCUAGAAAUAGAAC